UAGUACCUGUGUUUACCUAACCUACUGUUCUUUAGCCAGUCUUCCCAUUGCCAGAGUUAAGGAUUUCCACUCCAGAAUCUGCAGCUAAAUGAGAUCAUGAUUUUGGAAGGAGCUGGCAGAAUGAGUAUCAAUUCCAGCAGCAACCUACUCCACCAGCAGCCUUCUUGGACAGACGGAUAUUCCACAUGCAACGUGUCGAGCAGUUUCUAUGGAACGCAGUGGCACGAAAUCCACCCGCAGUACUGGACCAAGUUUCAGGUCUGGGAGUGGCUGCAACAUCUCCUUGAUACCAACCAGCUGGAUGCCAACUGCAUACCUUUCCAGGAGUUCGAUAUCAACGGGGAACAUCUGUGCAGCAUGAGUCUGCAGGAAUUCACUCAGGCAGCAGGGACGGCAGGGCAACUGCUUUACAGCAACCUUCAGCACCUAAAAUGGAACGGUCAGUGCGGAAGUGACAUGUAUCAAUCUCAUAAUGUUGUUGUGAAGACAGAACAAACAGAUCCAUCGUUAAUGGUGUCCUGGAAAGACGAGAAUUAUCUGUAUGACAGUGGCUAUGGUAGCACAGUAGAGUUAUUAGACAGUAAAACGUUCUGCCGUGCUCAGAUCUCCAUGACCACACCUAGUCACCAGCCUCCUGAUUCUUCAGAUGUGAAAAAAACACAAGAGCAUACCCCAAAGUCCCACACCAAGAAGCACAACCCUCGAGGAACUCACCUCUGGGAAUUUAUUCGAGAUAUUCUUCUCAAUCCUGAGAAAAACCCAGGAUUAAUCAAGUGGGAAGACCGAUCAGAAGGUAUCUUCAGGUUUUUAAAAUCUGAGGCUGUGGCUCAGCUCUGGGGAAAGAAGAAAAACAACAGCAGCAUGACCUAUGAGAAACUCAGUCGGGCUAUGAGAUAUUAUUAUAAACGAGAAAUCCUGGAGCGUGUGGAUGGUCGGAGAUUAGUAUACAAAUUUGGAAAGAAUGCCCGUGGCUGGAGAGAAAAUGAGAAUUAAAUAUGUCAAGAAACAACAUAUAAAACAUCUGGAUGUAAAUAUUCAAAGACUAUUUUCUUAUAUUUAUGUACCAAACUGGGGUGAAAAACCAAUUCUACUUCUGUCGGGAAGAAGGAACACUAUCAUUAUUGGUGUUAAAAUUAUUUUAUUUGAAGUAUGUCCUGUAUGGGGAAAAAAUGUACACAGUUUUCUGUGAUAUACGAUAACAUUAUAGAAUUAUGAUUAUUUUUCCCUUCUUGUGAAGUUUUUCUCUUUUUUUUUUUAAAUCAUACAGGCGUAAUGUGAUUUAUGACAAUGCUGUGAGUCAUGCAAAGAAAGGGAAGGAGGGAAAUACUAGGGCAUUUAGCGAGUAUGAUAAUCCACUGCAGAAGGCAACUACAAGUGGAGGAAACAGUAAGCAUCUCUGAGCCAAGUAGUUUUGUUCCAUAAUCAUCUGGUUUGUAGCUUUCAUUGGCCAAUAUCACUUGUUCCUUCCCUCCUCCAUUUUCUAAGUGUUUAAACACUUAGAAAACUUAGUGGCUUCCAGUUGCUUUUGUUAAGUUGGACGGUGGGUUCGUCUUCAGUUAGCUCAUCCUAGCCACAAGGAGCAGUGGCUCUACAAGGUGGCUGUGAGCAUUUGUUUGGGGAACUCAUACUACCUCCACCACUGGUACCUUCUUCUGUAGGCAGAAGUUCAGGACUUGACCUUGCCUGGUACUGAGUAUCCUCCAUAAUCUCCAAAGGGCAUUCAGCUCAUCCCAGGAAAAGGGCUAUUCAUUUUUAACUAACAUCUCUGAGGUGAACUGCAGGAAGAGAGUCAGUCUCAGGGACCAAAAGCUAUUGAAGGGAGAUAAUUGUUUUCUGACUGGGAAAACUUACUAAAAUGCCCCAGUUUUCCAUAAAAAUAAUUAAAAAUCCUCUUACAUUCCGAAUUAGAGCAUUCAACCUCAUGCCACAUAAAUUGGUGAGGUAGUAGACAAGUAAAACUUAUGUACUAAUCCCAUAACAUGCAGAAGAAGCCUCCCCUGUUCCUUCAAGCCAUAUGGUCCUCCUGGCAGGUCAAGUUUCACUUGGACAGAUACUUUUCAAAAAGCCUUUGAGAAAGGCGAAGCUCCAGUGCAUGUAAAACAUGAGUUCACUUUGCUUUUCUCAAAUCUAAAUCUACAUCCUUUGUAUUUAUCAGCUUUGCUUGGGAUUCUUAGUAGGGAAAAAAAACUUGCCAACAUGAAGCCACUCAGGCUUUGGGGACAUUCAGAUGUGGGUCAGUAUUUUGGGCUCACCUCUAGCAGUGCUAUGCAGAGACUGAACAUUCAUUAGCAGCUUCUUCUUUCUCUAAGUCACAAAUGCUUCCUCCUGGAAUCAAGCACGUACAGAACACGGGGAAAUAAAAAAUAGAGGAGGUGGCACGUCACCAGGUCACUGAGUGCAUGAGAUGUGGGAGCUGAGAAACAGGAUUUUCUUGGUGAUGUUAACAGAGGUGAAACCAAGAUCAUUUCCAAUUCACUUUUUUCAGGGAUGAGGAAUUUGGAAAACAAUAUCAAGAGAUAUUGGGGGCUGAGAAGUCCAGGACAAAAAAAGGAAAAAAAAGAAAAAAAAAGAAAAAAAUUUAGGCAUAUUAAAUCUGUACUGGCAAUAUCCAUUUCCUCAGGUAUUGCCUGGAUUUGAUUCCAGAUUUGCUUGAAAUGCAGCAGGGUGCAGCUGGAGGUUGUAGGCUAUUCCAUUUUUUGCUUAUCUUAAAAAGAAAUAAAGAUGAAACCAAAAGACAACAGAAUUAUCAAUAUAAAGGUCAUCAAAUGUGCUUAGCAACAAUUUGUAGGCAAACACGAGAGCCUAACUUGUUAUCUACACAUGUAGGGCAUGUUAAACAAUAACACUACCUCCUACACUGUGUCACCAUCAAUUACCCAUACAUGACAAUUUUUACUUUUCAUAACCUGGGUGGAGAGAAGUUCAUCUUAUUUACAAAUCAAGUAAUCAGCCUCUGUAUUUCAAAGCAUUUUUUUUUCUCUCAGUGUAUAUCUCUCUCUCUCUCUCUUUUUUUUUUUUUUGGACUGACUGAGCUGGCAUUGCUUGCUUUUGCGCAACUCACUGAUUUCCUCUUUUUUAGCUUGAUUGACUACAUUCCACUCCCUUUGCCUUCAUUUAUAGUUCAUAUAACAAGAGUCAGGCCAGCAGAUCAGGAGAGCACCUUCACUUUGCUCCAAAGAGCGCUUCUCCCUGCCACCCCAUGUUAUUUGCAGCCCUUCACUCCAUGCUCUUCACCACUCCAGACAACACAGUGGGUGAAAACCUGAAGUCAGUGGUACCAGCACAAAUCCACUGACACCAGGUUUUCACCCGCUCUUGCUCUGGGAGCAAAGAGGGAUAGUGGAGAUCGGUAGCAAUACUGGUGUACUUCAUCUCAGGUUAACGUAUGUCAUCUAGCAAAUGACUGUAAUUCCUUUGUAAAGCUGCUUUUUAACCAGAUCUCUCACCAGGCUUCCCCGGAAGUAAAAUGAAUUUGUGGAUAUACAUGUGUUACCCCUU